AUGUCUUCGUCGACAGAGAUAUGUUCCGCGUUCAUAGAAGCCGUUCCGCCCGGCGAGCUGAACGAGGUUGUCAACGACGUCAAAGCACUCACAUCGGACGACGACCCAGCACUGAUACAAAAGUUGAAGCCGGCGUUUCAGAAAUACAACGAGGAUCAGCUCCUCGCAGUCAAACUACCCGGAGGUAGCCAACACGUCCUCAUAUCCGCCCACAACCGCCUCGACGCCUCCUCCUCAACGUACUACGACACCGCAACCUCGACCUCCUUCACCUUCGACCACAUCACCCAAAAAGCCUCGUCGCCACAAUCCUACACCCACGAAUCCCCACACAGCGACCUCAUCGCCUCCAUCUCCCGCUCCAUAAGCUCCCACUUCCAAGAACACUACCCUGCCUCCACAUCCUCAACCUCGUCCGCGUCCACCGUCUGCGCCUCCGCUGCAGCAUCAGGCAGUAUAGCGAUCCUCCUCAGCACAUUGAAAGCCUCCCCCCAAAACUUCCUCUCCGGCCGCUGGCGCUCCUCCUUCCUCUACAGCCGCUCCACUGGCACUCUCCGGGGUGUCAUAAAGGUCGACGUGCACUACUACGAAGACGGCAACGUCGCGCUCAAGACCCAGAAGACGAUUCCGGAGACACAAGUGGGGAGUGGCGAUGGCGCGACAGGGGAUGAGAUAGUGAGGAAGGUGGCGGCGCUGGAGAAGCAGUACCAGGAGGAGGUGAAUCGUGGGGUGGUGGGGAUGAAUGAGGGAAUGUUCAAGGGGUUGAGGAGGCAGUUGCCGGUUACGAGACAGCGGGUGGAGUGGGAGAAGGUGCGGGGGUAUGGGCUGGGAGGAGAUCUGAGGGGGGAUCGGUGA